CAUUUAACGAGAAAUAAAGAUAGAAUGAUGCUUCAAAACAUUUGCAGUGAAGCUUUGACUGCACAAUUUGUUUUUAUUUCGAUCGGCCACGAAACAAUUUUCUCCACCAAUCGGAGAAGUUGUUGUCGAUGCGCCAGACGCGAGUGCGCGCAAGUGUUGUCACUUCCGCUCUCGCGUGUCUCGCGAGUUCCUUUUAUCCGCGAUCGAAGAGUCGUGCGUGCAAGAAUUCGAUGCGGGCGAUAUCGUAAGAGAUUUAAGAUGUCGUUAUCAACAGCUCGACCUCUUGUCACGGUGUAUACCGACAAGAACAAGGCAACACCUGAUGUACUGUCCUUGCCAGCUGUCUUCAAAGCUCCGAUUCGACCUGAUAUUGUGAAUGUUGUUCACCAGUUAAUCUCGACAAAUAAAAGACAACCGUAUUGUGUUUCCAAGGAGGCUGGUCAUCAAACCUCUGCGGAAUCAUGGGGUACUGGACGUGCUGUGGCACGUAUCCCCCGUGUACGUGGCGGUGGUACUCAUCGGUCUGGUCAGGGUGCGUUUGGUAACAUGUGUCGAGGUGGACGCAUGUUUGCACCCACCAAACCCUGGCGCCGAUGGCAUCAUCGUGUCAAUGUAAAUCAGAAACGUUAUGCUCUUGUGUCGGCUAUUGCUGCUUCUGGUGUUCCCGCAUUAGUGCAGUCUAAAGGACACAUGAUUCAAGACGUUCCUGAGUUUCCAUUGGUCGUCACUGAUAAAAUUCAAGAUUAUACGAAAACCAAACAAGCUGUUAUCUUUUUAAGACGUAUCAAAGCGUGGAACGACAUCCAAAAGGUGUACAAAUCCAAACGGUUCCGCGCUGGUAAAGGUAAAAUGCGAAAUCGCCGACACAUUCAGCGACGUGGACCCUUGAUCGUGUACGGUCAAGAUCGGGGUAUUCGCAAAGCAUUCCGCAAUAUCCCUGGCGUUGAUUUGAUGAACAUCAACAAGAUGAAUCUGUUAAAAUUGGCACCCGGUGGCCAUGUGGGACGUUUUGUAAUCUGGACUCAAUCUGCCUUUGAACAACUGGAUUCUCUUUAUGGAACUUGGCGUAAAGAAUCGUUACUCAAGAAAGGCUACAACUUGCCAUUCCCCAAGAUGGCGAAUACGGAUUUGACCAGACUCCUCAAAUCCGAAGAAAUUCGCAAAGUCUUGAGAGCUCCCAGGAAGAAGGUGGUGCGCAGAGUGAAGAAAAUGAACCCGUUGGCCAACACCAGGGCUAUGCUGCGACUCAAUCCGUACGCUGCGGUUUUGAGACGCGCCGCUAUCUUGAAUGAUCAGAGACGAAAACUCGAGAGGGAGCGUUUGCUCGCUGCAAAACGAGGCAUUGAAUUGCCUAAAGAUUCAGCUGCGGCGAAAGCUCUCGCGCUCCGAGUGAAGAGAAAAACACACUUGAUUAAAGCUACUCUGAGCAAAGGUUUGGCGGCCGCGAAAAAAGCUCCGGCGAAAGAUCAGGAUGCGGCCCAGCUCAAAGCCAAACGAAGAGCUAAGAGAGAAACAAAGAGGCUUAACAAAGUAGCAAAAGGCGCACUGCUCGCAAAAUCCGUGAAAACUGCAAAAUCCGUGAAACUUGCAAAAUCCACAAAAGGUGCGAAGAGCGCAAAAAGCGACGCGCCUAAGCCUCCAGUCGAAGAAACAAAGUGAACAAGCGUUGAUGACUUGAAUGUUAUCACAUUGUUUCUAUAUAAAUAAAAAUGGAAGAAAUUGUAAAUGUG